CGGUGUUAUGGCGACCACCGGCAACAUCAUCGCUUCAGUCUGGAGAAUAGCAGGCUGUACAUUCAGAGUGAUGUGAAGAGAGAGGCGGCUAUCUCACAUGUCUGUGUAAUUCUGACUAUGUGGCUCUUUGUAGCGCUGGGCAUAGUUUUUUCUUUCACUGUGGUCACCACUGAGAAGGCUGAGAUCACCACCCACAAACCACCAGCACCGCUGCUCAACUACAGCAGGAUCUCCCUGCUGCCAGAGCACGUACCGUACUUCCUCUUCAACAACAAGAGGGUCGCCAAGCAAUGCCGCCUGGACCCGCUCUGCCCUUUUAAAGGUGCACUGCAGGAUCUAUCUGCCUGUUGGGGCUACGAGAAGAACUGUGAUCCAAGGAAGCGCUUUAGCUAUCCAGUCUGUACCAAAGCUGACUCUGGAUGGGCCCGUUCUCUGGAGGCAGCACAGGAGCUUUUCUGGAAGCAGGCUGAUUUUGGCUACGUCAAGGAGCGCCUCUCUGAGCUCAAAACACUCUGCAAGGCCAGCAAGCCAGGGGACUCGUCAUUAAGAUGUAGUAGCCAAACUCGCUUCUGUAAGGCAACUAACCUUUACCUGGACUUGCGUAAGCCACGCAGAAGUCAUGAGAGGUACAAAGAGGACUUCAUUCAGAAGGGUGAGAUUGGCGGUCAUUGCAGACUGAACAAGCGAUCUCUUGCUGCCGAGGGAGAGCACAAGAGCCCCUUGCAAUCUUGGUAUGCUGAGCUGCAAACAUACACAGAGCUGGACUUUCAUCCUAUAGAGGAUGAACACUGUGAUGUCGUCAUUGAAAAACCCACUGUAUUUAUGAAGCUGGAUGCUGGGGUGAAUAUGUACCACCAUUUCUGUGACUUUGUCAACCUCUACAUCUCCCAGCACAUUAACAACUCCUUCAGCUCAGAUAUCAACAUCAUCAUGUGGGACACGAGUUUUUAUGGUUAUGGAGAUCUGUUCGGUGAAACAUGGAGGGCCUUCUCAGAGUAUGACAUCAUCCACCUGAAGACCUAUGACUCGAAAAGAGUGUGUUUCAAAGAUGCCUUCUUCUCCCUCCUCCCGAGAAUGAGAUACGGCCUCUUUUACAACACGCCCCUUAUCUCAGACUGCUACAGUGAAGGGAUGUUUCGGGCAUUCUCCCAGCAUGUCCUGCAUCGACUGAACAUCCUGCAAGAUGGGCCAAAGGAGGGGCGUGUUCGUGUCACCCUGCUGGCACGCAGCACAGAAUACAGAAGGAUAUUAAACCAAGUGGAGCUAGUAAAUGCUCUCAAGACUGUGCCUUUACUGGAGGUCAAUGUGGUGGACUACAAAUACAAGGAUGUUCCCUUCUUGGUGCAGUUGAGGAUCACCCACAACUCAGAUAUCUUUAUAGGGAUGCACGGGGCGGGUCUCACACACCUCCUCUUCCUCCCUGACUGGGCUGUCAUCUUUGAGCUAUAUAAUUGUCAGGAUGAGAGCUGCUAUCGAGAUUUGGCUCGGCUGCGGGGCAUUCGAUACGUGACUUGGCAGAAAAUGGACAAAGUGCUCCCACAGGACAAGGGUCACCAUCCAACCCUCGGGGACCAUCCAAAGUUUACCAACUACUCCUUUGAUGUGGGGGAGUUCAUGCGCCUUGUGCUGGAGGCAGCUGAUUACGUUACACACCAUCCCAAAUGGCAGCAUCAUACCGUUCAUGAUGAACUCUAGAGUCUCUGUGAGUGUGGGACAGACAUCUGGCUGCUGAAGAACUUUUAACAUGAACCUGCUGUUUGUGAUCUAAAGACAUCUUCACAACGGCAGCGUCAUUUUUAAAGAAUAUUUAAACGUUACCUCAGUAUUUGUAACCUGCUGCUUUGAUAGGUCUGGAUGUGUCAAAAUGGUCUGCAAUUCUGGUUUGUAUAGCCUCGACCAGCUCUAUUAGUGUCAAAUCAGUUAAAGGAGGGCGCCCUGGUAGCUUACCUGGUAGAGCGUGCACCCCAUGUACCAAGGCUCAGUCCUUACCUGAGCGGCCCAAGAUUCAAAUCUGACCUGUGGCCCUUUGCUGCAUGUCUUCCACCUCUCUCUCUCUCUCUCU